CGGCUCCUCCCGCCAUGACGCGCGGGGCGGCUCUGAGGCGGCUCUGAGGCGGCUCCGCGGCGGCUGCGGGCGCGGCUCGGCCCGGGGCAGCACAGCACGGUCGGAGCCCUCCGUCGGAGCCCUCGGGAGGUGACGGGCACCCCCGUAUGGCGGCUGGAGGCGGAAUCCUCUCCUGCGUCCCUGAGGAUGCGCCCAUCCAUCAUUCUGGCAUCAGCAUCUUCGCCUGCAUCCCUGAGGAUGCUCCCACCCGUAAGUCAGGCGUCAGAAUCCUCUCCUGCAUCCCUGAGGAUGUGACCCACGAAGUUCCCAUCCCUCUGUGAAGCGCAGGUGGGAGAGCUCACCCACAGGCCUGGGUGCUGCAGACCUCCGAGAUCUGGCCUACGGCUUCGGGAUCCGUUCUUUGGGGAAGCAAAACUCAUCCAGAACUGCUCAGCCCAUCCUGCCCGGCCGCGGAGCAAGCCCACCACCGUGGAGACACCACUCACGCCUACUGAGAUACUUAGGGACCCUCAACAAGCAGCUCGUGUGCGUGUGGUCCCUUCGCAAGAUGAAAGAUGUAGUGGCAUCACCACCGGAUAAGCUUUCGUUAGUCCUGGCUUGUUAUUUAAGCAAGGCCAGGCUGCCCGUGAUGAUUUUUGGGCAUCCUGAGUGGUGCUUACACUGACCAGCGGCUCGUGGUGCCAAGAGCUGUGCCCUUGGGGAUGCUCUCCCUUCGGCUCCAAGCAGCAGCACUCGACUUGGACCGACCCGCCGGAGCUGCUAGGAAGGCGCUCUUAUCUUUGGAGCUAACCUUGAGCAGAUGACUGACAAAGUAAUGAACGGCAGGGUGCCCCUUCCGGAAAAAGCCUUGUCCGAGGGCUACGCCCGGCUGCGGUACAGGGACACCUCCAUGCUCAUCUGGCAGCAGCAGCAGCAGAAACUGGAGUCAGCUCCCCCCAACACUUACCUGAGCCGGAGUCGGAGUAUGUGGUACUCGCAGUACGGCAACGAAGCCAUCCUGGUGCGGGAUAAAAACAAGCUGGAUGUCUCCAGGGAUACGGGGCAAUCCAAGUUUUGUGCGAUUAUGUAAUUUCAGUGGUUUUGCAUUAGAAACCCACACAUGGAAACAAACCAGACUUGCAUCGGGCUGGGGCAGUUGGCUUUGCCCCAGCCUCACGACAGACCUGCGGCCACAGCAGCGCAUUCAGGAUAGGUUAGAAAGGCUGUCUGAAGUUUAUGUUUGUUUUUGCUGUUGGUAGCAUCAGAUUUUGCAUGUUAAUGAGUGCAUAUAAUGAAAACAGCCUCACUCAGGAGCCUAUGUUUGCUGCCUGACAUCUUGGCAGGGUCCGUGCUGGACCAUGUGUUGCUUGUAAGUGGCUUUUGUACUGUGAGAAACACCUGCUGCCGUUGGGGGAACCAUCCCCAGCAGGCACUUUGACUUGUUAGAUCUUGCACAUUGCCAAAAGCUCAGCAAAUGCUGGUGGGAGAGAGGCGAGCACAGAUCCAUUUCCAUCUAGGCUAAGAUUUUAGGAAGGUGAUCUGCAAAACAACCCUGCCCUGUCUCCAUUUAAUUACUACCCUGGAAGCAAUCUUUUACAACCAGGUAAUGAAGUGGUUUAUUUGGGAUAGGAGGAGGGCAAGAAUGUAUUGAGAGUUUCAUCUCAGCCUUCAAAACCCCUGGCAGGCGAAGUGAGCUGUGGUUUCAUCCUGUGCAAAGCAAAGGGCCCUCUCUGCUGCCACAGCUUGGUAUCACAGAAAUAACAGAGAGGGCAUCUGGAGUCGGUGGAGCUGACUCCCUUCUCACAGCUCCAUCCCCAGCCAAUGCUUCAGGAAUGUGUCACCAAGUGAACCACUUGAAAGGAAGCUCCUGUAAAUAUACACAUCUCCUGCAAACGGACGUGAGGAAACUCUCACACUCCACGUACCUGCCCUGGGGAUCGGUUACAGAAGGAAACAGUCUAGUGAGGGUUGCUUGGCGUAGCAGUUUGACGCAUGCAUAGCUUGGAAGGGUUGAUCUGAUACGGGUUAGAUAGUAGAUUCGGUGCAUGUAUUUUAAAAGUUGUGUCUGGGAGUGUUUGUUUCAACUAACUGAAGGAUUCAACUAACUGAAGGAUUUUAGGAGGGGAAAAAUACUGCAGUUGCACUUCUUGGGAACAGAGCCUGCAUUCAGGUUGUUUCCUGACUUGCUCAAGGCAACACCAAGCUGAGAAACCCAACAUAGCAAGCACCCAAACCUUUAUUAGAAACAAAGCAGUAUGGCUUCCAGGGGUGCUAAUUGCAUGGCCAGGGUUCAGCAUUAAAGUAUAAUGUUGGGCUUAAGUCACGGACUCCCCUUACAUCUCGCCUGGGAUGUCCUCCUGCAGCUCUGUGUGCCGAAUCCAGCAGCACUUGGGCACAGGCUUAACUUCAAGCAAAUCAGUAUUUCAUGUUGACUUCAGUAUGGAUUAUUUACCUGCCUAAAGUUCAGCACAUUCAUAACUUAUAUUUAUCUUAAACCUCUUGUUUAUUUGUCAAGCACUUUAUUAUUUUUUUUUUUUAAUACAGCGAUGAAGAAUCUUCCCCAUCUCCCUCACGUGGGUUAAAUGCUACAACACACACACACUCGAGUUUGCUGAACUCACUGUGCUGAGCAGAACAUCUCUUUUAACAUGAUAUUGUAGAGGUUUGGUGUACUCAGCCCCAGUCCUUCACACAUGUAUGCACUGCAAACCCUAGGCAGCUCAUUAUUUUUAAAGAACUAUUUAUGCAUGUGUUGAUGUUUGGUACCUUACAUGUGUGUGCUCAUAAAACUAAACCUGCUGACGGACCUCCGCGCUUCGCAGAUCCGUGUUGUUGCUCUGCACGCUCAAAUACUCCUCUUGGUCUUGCCAGGAUUAGCUCUGGGUGGGAAAUAUUUUGGUGAAUAGAUGUUUUUCAACUGAGGAAAAAAAAAAGCACACAAGGUUCACAAAACUCGAGUCAGAAAGCCACCAGCAAAGGCAGCAGUGCUCCUGUACCGAGUGCACUGUUGAAGGUAAAUCACUGGGAUGCGAGACCCACCCAGGGCUCCAGUUCUUGGCCACGUGAACCACGAUGAUUAUUUAUACCAACAGACAGGAGGCUGGUGUGAGAGCUCCUCUGGAAACUGCAGGUGGGAGCAACCUGGACAGGCAGGAGAGGUGAGUUCAGGGCCUUUUUAGCAGCCUGGGGGAGCGUGUGAACUCUGGGAGUUUAAGGAACAAAACCAGCUGUUCGUUUCCUUUACUUUUCUUAUAGAAACAAAAGAAAAAAAACACAUAGAUUAUUACUUUUAAUUUCAGUAAGAAAGUUGAUUAUUUUGGGUAUAAUCAGUCUCCUUUAUGUGGCUGGUAAACCAAAAUUCAGUUACUUGAGGAACGUUAAUUGGACUAUACAAGAAUAAAACCCUAAAGAUGUGCAUAAAUUCUUCUGGGAUUCAGGCUGGCCAUGACAGUACAGGAAGAGUGAGACUUGGUUCUUCCAUCUCGCCGUGAAUGUGACUGUAUUUUUUCCAUAUUUGUGGUGUGUCCCCAUUACUCACAGCAGGUUUGCGGAGUGGCUGCUACGAGCAAGCGCUUCCGUAAGCCAGUUGCGUAGCGUUGAUGCACUUGUUUAAAAUGCUGGUGUAGCCUCUUUGAUAAAGUGCAUUAAAAUGAUUUGAAUGCAUCAUUGCGAGCAGCUGUUUUUCUUCUGCAUGUUAAUCACUUUGGCACAUUGGAGGAUUACAGCUAUUAUCACUCCCAAUCCCCACCCAGGCAGACAAGGGAGAGCUCAGCAGCUUCUCCCAGCUGGUUACUGGUGGGGCUGGAUAACCUCCCUCUCCAAGGUCACACCACUACCUGAGGAGAGUGGCCACGG